AUGUCGGAGCCCGCCCAGUCGCCUCCCAAGGAUGCCGAGCAACAUGUUCAAUCCCCUGGAGAAGAGGGACAAAUGGACGACUCCCAGGAUCCCACCGCCUACGACUUUGACGGCGUCAAGGAACAAGACAGAUGGCUGCCCAUUGCCAAUGUCGCCCGUAUCAUGAAGAAUGCGCUCCCUGAUAAUGCCAAAAUCGCCAAAGAGGCAAAGGAGUGCAUGCAGGAGUGUGUUAGCGAGUUCAUCUCUUUCAUCACCAGUGAAGCCUCGGAGAAAUGCCAGCAGGAGAAGCGCAAGACUGUCAAUGGAGAAGAUAUUCUCUUCGCCAUGACAUCGCUAGGCUUUGAGAAUUACGCCGAGGCGCUCAAGGUGUAUCUUUCCAAGUACAGAGAGCAACAAAAUGCCACCAAUCGUGAGCGUGCCGCGGAGAACAUCCCGUGGGGUGGCUCAGUAGCAGGCGGCGACCGACCCGAGAGCGCUGGCCCCGCUGGUUCCGGCGCUGGGGAGUUUGCCGAGGGUGCAGGCAGCGCCGAGGCAUCGGGCGAUCCCAACUACAUGUACAGCUCCAGUGGCACCGCGCAUAAUGGAUCCGCUGCGGCCGGCGGAUCUGGGGACGCUUACUAG